UGCCUUGAGAAUCAAAUCCUUUCCUUAACCUUCACGCCUUCAUUUAUAAGGUUCAACCUUUUAACCAAUCUCUUUGACCCUUUUCUCACUCCUUCCUAACUCUUUAAAUUCUCACUUUUUCAUCAUCUUCUUCCACAUACAAACAUGGAUCCUCUCAAACAAAAACCUAAGUGUCUAUGGAUUCAUGGACCUAUCAUUGUAGGAGCUGGUCCUUCUGGUAUAGCAGUAGCUGCUUGUUUAUCAGAACAAGGUGUUCCAAGUCUUAUUCUUGAGAGAAGUGACUGUAUAGCUUCACUAUGGCAAAAUAGAACCUAUGACCGUUUGAAACUUCACUUACCUAAACAUUUUUGUGAGCUUCCUCUCAUGAGUUUUCCUCUAGAUUUUCCUAAGUAUCCUACCAAACAUCAGUUCAUUUCUUACAUGGAAUCCUAUGCUGAUCAGUUUGGUAUUCGUCCUAGGUUUAACCAAACUGUUAUCAGUGCUGAGUUUGAUCCAAGUUUGGAAAUUUGGAAUGUUAUGACACUUGAUGGUUUUCAGUAUUCUUCACCUUGGCUUGUUGUUGCUACUGGUGAAAAUGCUGAACCUGUUAUUCCUAAGAUUCAUGGUAUGGAACAUUUUCAUGGUCUUGUUGUUCAUACUUGUGACUAUAAAUCUGGUUCUCAGUACAAAAACAAGAAGGUUUUGGUUGUUGGUUGUGGGAAUUCUGGUAUGGAAGUUAGCUUGGAUCUUUGUAGACACAAUGCUCUACCUCACUUGGUUGCUAGAAACACAGUACAUAUGCUUCCAAGAGAUAUCUUUGGUUUCUCAACAUUUGGAGUAGCAAUGACAUUAAACAAAUGGCUUCCAUUAAAAUUAGUAGACAAGUUCCUCUUACUAGUCUCAAGCUUCUUCUUGGGAAACACCAAUCACUAUGGUAUCAAAAGGCCUAAAACUGGUCCUAUAAAGCUUAAACUAGCAACAGGAAAAACUCCUGUCCUUGAUGUUGGUCAAAUUGCUCAAAUUAAAUCCGGUAACAUUAAGGUGAUGGAAGGUGUGAAGGAGAUAACAAAGAGUGGUGCAAAAUUUAUGGAUGGACAAGAAAAGGAAUUUGAUGCAAUAAUCUUAGCAACAGGUUACAAGAGCAAUGUGCCAAGUUGGCUUAAGGGAAGUGAUUUUUUCACUAAAGAUGGAAUGCCUAAAACACCCUUUCCUCAUGGAUGGAAAGGAGAGCAAGGAUUGUAUACAGUAGGGUUCACAAAAAGAGGACUACAUGGAACAUAUUUUGAUGCUAUCAAGAUAUCUGAAGAUAUAACAAAUCAAUGGAAAACAAUUGAGAACAAGAGUUGUUGUAGUGAUUCACAUAUCAUAAACCUUAAUAGUGUUUAGCAAGUUUUUUAUGUUAGAGAGAAAUAGAGUAAGGGUAAUUUGGGAAUUGUACUAGCUAGCUUUUGUUAGUAGUAUUAUUUAUUUUUUUCUUGGUUUUCUGUGUAUGUACAAUUUUGUAUUUAGGAGCAUACGCUUUUUUAACUACUCAAGUGUUAGCUUUUUGUACAAAACAGUUUCAUAAAUGGA